AAAAUCAGCUGACGAUUGGCCAGACAAGUAAGGCCUCCUGAUAUCGAUAUCAUAUCAAAAUAUAAAAAUAAUAUUAAAAACAUAGCAGAAUUAUAAUAAUAUACAGUUCAAACAAAUGCUAAUUGCAUCUCCUAAAUUGUCCUUAUCAGUAUAAGCAAAAAAGCUGGACUUAAAGUGUUAAAUGAAGUGAAGAAAUCAGCUGCAGUUUUUACGACUGCCACGCAAAAAAAAUAUCGUUUACAAAACAAAAAAACAACGCAAAAUUUAACCGCAAUUGCUUGACCGGACGACCAAUACAAUUGUGAUCUUGCCCAGAAGAGCCACUCCCCGCGUCCACCUCCGCUGCCGAGAAGAGAGCAGCGAAGAUGUCGUGGCUGAACAGCAGUCUCAGCACGCUGAAAGGCCAGCUAACCAAUUUGGCCCAGGAAGUUCUGGCCGAAACAGCUGGACCCGGCGAUCUGGAGUAUGAGGGACAUGGAGGAAGUGGUGCGCAAGAGGCUGAGCAGCAAGCAAAGACCGCAUUGCAAUUGCUGGCAGAGACACAGGAACAAAAAGAACAGCUGGACAGACGAUGCGAGGAGAAGGAUCGUGAGAUUGCCGCCCUGCGCCGGGAAGUGGCCAGAAACAAACAGGAAUUGAAGCAGGCCACCAGCACAUCAUCUUCGAAGGAAAGCCAACUGCAGACUGAGGAACAGAAUGUGGAGGACAGCUGGUGCUGGGAGCCAGAUGGUAGCGAGGAGAAGGGCGGCAAAGCUGCUGCCGGAUCGGCUGCUGCCGAUGCCGCCAGGAGCAAGGAAUCGGAACUGGUGGACAUCGCUUUGGGCAGCAAUGACAUGGCCAGGCUAAACAAUCGUAUAGCAGAGCUGGAACAGCUCAAUGCCCAACUGAAUGCCUCCCUGGAGGAGUUGGAUUCGCAGCACGAGCUGGCCAUGCAGGAUGUGCUGACGCACAAGAGUCAGCUGGUAGGUCAGGUGGCGAAUCUCAAGCAAAUGCAGGCCGAUCGCCUGGUAGAGCACGAAUUGGCCAAUGCCAGGCAGCAAAAGCAAAUGGAUGAACUACGUCAGGCUUCAGCAGUGGCCAAGGAACUGCAGGAGCAACUGCAGCAAAAGGUGGAGCAGCAGGAGGCGGAACUGAAGCGCAGCGUAGUAGAGCUAGCCGAGAUGCAAGAGCUGCUGGACAAGCGCGGUCAGGACAAUGCCGAGCUCAUCGAACGCGUGCGCCUGGCGGAAACGGAGCGCGAAAGACUGCUCAAGGAUCUGGAGGAAUCUCGCCAGGCCAAGGAGAAGAAGACCUCGGAGUCAUCCUCAAACAGUUCUUCCACAGGCAAGCACAGCGAGGAUGAGUUCAUAGUCGUCCGUCAAGCGGAUGCCACUGGCUCUGGCUCUGCUUCUGGCUCCGAUCCCGACCCAGAAGUUACUUCACCACCCACCAAGGAGAAGUUGCGCGAUCGCCUCGUCUCCCUGGAAUCACAAAUCUCUGAGCUGAACCUGACCAAUACCCAGCUGCAGGAUGCCCAACUGGAGAAGCAGCUGGGCAUCAAUUUGCUGGGCGACCAGCUGGCGGAACUGGAGAAGCGUUUGCGUCUGAGCGAGGCGGAGAAGGAGCAGCUCCAGCUGGACCUGCAGCUACGUCUCCAGCAGCUGACCGUGCAGAACCAAGAGCUGAAACUCCAUGCCGAGGCCGAGCAAGAGGGACAUGCUCAGGAUCUGGAAGAGCAGCUGGGCGCCUUGCGGGAGGAGAACCAACGUCUGCGUCAGGAACUGGACACUAGCAUAGCGCAGGCCAAGUUCCGACAGGCCAUAGCCGAGGAGAAGCAGGAGAUCACGGAUCUGGAUGAAACGGACACCGAAUACGGCACCUACGAACUGGACAAGCUGCGUGCCCUGCUCCAGGCCGAGGUGGAUAAUCGUCUGGGCAGCUCGUAUCCCCAGCAAAAGCUGGAACGUGCCUGGAACUCGUUGACCGAGCGCUGGCAUCGCCUGGACCUGGUGGAGCAGCGACUGGUGGACGUGCAGAACCAGCAGCUGGUCAGCGAGCACGAGAAGAAGACCCUCGAGGCGGACAUCUCGCAGUACAUCCUGCAGUGCGAUGAGCUGAUGAAGAACAACGAGCUGCUCCUCAACGAACUGGACAAGUACAAGCGCAACAAGCUGGAAACCAUCGAGGAGCACCACGAGGAGACCAUAGUCCAAUUGGAGGCUCAGCUGGAGGAGGCCAGGCAGCGCCUGGAGGCUUCUCUGUCCAGCCAACGGCAGUUGGAAACCAAACUGAAAUCCGAUCAAGAAAAGCCAACCCAAGACAGUGAGUUGCUGGCCAGGCUAGAGCAGAAGGUACAGGAGGAGUUCCAGCUGCAGGAGCAGCUCUCCUCUGUCCGAAAGGAGUUGGACAGCAAAGCCUUGCUCCUGGAUGAGCAGCUAGCCAAGCAGGAGCAGCAGAACCAGGCCAAUCACGAGAACCUAGCCGAACUGCGGGAAUCCUUGCAGCACAAGGAAGCGGAGCUGAAGAGUCUGGAGGAGCAGCUGACCUCCGUUAGGCAGGAACUGGAAGAGAAGUCCAUUCAAAUAAAGAUCAACCAGGAUCAGCACAAACUCCAGCUGACCAAAAUCCAAAAUCAACUGCAAGCCGAUCAGGAGAAGCUGAGGGAGCAGCUCCAGCUGCAGGACAAACUGGAGCAGCAGAAGGAGCUGAUGGAGGUGGAUCAGAACCAGCAGCUGACCACGAUCAAGAAGGAGUUGGCCGAGGUGACCCAUCAGCUGGAUGAGUGCCAGGAGAAGCUAGCCGCAAAGGAAGCUCAGCUGGCGGAGAUCCAGCAGCAACUGCUGGAGGUAAGCGAAGAAAAGACAAAGCUAGAGGGGCAAGUCCUUAGCAGGGAGCAGGAGUCUGGCAAGGACACUGAACAGUCUAAGCUAAUUCAGGAGCUCCAGGAUCAACUCCUGUCCAAGGAGCAGGACCUACAUGAAAAUCAAGCUGAGCUGGGCAAACUACAAGAAGCACUCCAGUCCUAUGAAAAGCAGCUCCAAGCCAAGGAAGAGCAGCUCCAAGCCAAGGAAGAGCAGCUUCAGGCCAAGGAAUCCCAACUCCAGGCCAAGGAAUCCCAACUCGAGAGCCACCAGGCUGCCGAUCAAAGCCAGCACCUCCAGCAAACCAUUGAUGGCCUGGGCCAGGAGAAGAACGAGCUCAUCAAGGCCCUCCAGCAGAAGCACCAGGAAACCACCCAGUACUAUGCCGAGAUCCAGCGACUGCAGCCCUUCGAGCAGCAGCUCAAGGAUCUCGUUAAGGAGCGCGAGAAGCUACAGGAUCAGAUCGUCUUCCUCAAGGAGAAGUCCGACAUACUCACCACGAAUCUGCUGACAGAGCAGACCAACCAGCGGCUCCUCCACCAGCAGCAAGCCGAAUCCCAGGAGCAGCAGGCCAGUGUACAGCGUGAUCUGGAGAGAUUAAGGGCCCAUCUGCUGGAGGUUGAGGAACUGCAUACCCAGGAAUCUGUGGAACUGCAACGUGACCUGGAGGAGUCUCGAUCCCGUCAAGCGGUACUCGAGCAGCAGGUCUCCAAAUCCAGUACGGCCUAUACCUCAGCCAGCAUCCGGGCAAAUCAGCAGGCGGAAACGUUGCAGGCACAGCACGCUCUCCUCCAGCAGCAGCGGGAUGAGCUGCUAACCAAACUGGGCCAGUACGAGGAUCGUGAACUGAAGCAGCAGGCGGCGCUGACCAAUCUCCAGUGUGCCCUAGAGCAGUUCCAAAAUGACCAAGAUCACGACAUCGAAAUGGCCACGCAGCGUAUCCGACGGGAGAUGCAGACGCAGUUGGAUCGACAGGGACAGCUCCAGCUGGAGAUGGGUGGACUGCAGCAGCAGCUGGCGGAGGCCAAUCAGGGUUUGAGGGCUGCUGCCCGGCUGUCCGAUCAACUGGAGGCUGGACAGCAGACGAUAGCGGUGCUGCGGGAUGAAGUGGAGAGCCUGAAGGAGGCCAAUGCCCAGCUGGAACAGAGCCUGAGCAGCCAUGAGAGCAGUCAGACGGACAAGAUUGACAAGAGCCUGAUCAAGAGUCUGCUUAUUGGCUAUGUGGUCAGUGGACAUGCCGGCGAUAAGCAGCAGGUCCUGCGCAUGAUCUCCUCUGUGCUGGACUUCAAUGCCCAGGAGUCGGACAAGGUGGGUCUGAAUAAGCAGCAGAGCAGCUGGCUGGGCUCUAUCCUGGGCGGCGGUCCAACCCCAGCGGCAGGAGCAGGAUCUACGCGUGGCAAUGAUAACCUAGUGCAGGCCUUUGUCCAGUUCCUGGAGCAGGAAUCCCAACCGCAGACGCAAUCGCGACCCACGCUGCUCAGCAUGACGGGUCAGAUAGACGCCUCCGCCUCCUCCACAACCAGCAAUCUUCCCCUGCCGACAAAGCAGAACACACAACUUCCGCCAACGCUGCCAGGAGCAGCAGCAGUAGCAGCCAGUCAUCAGGAUCCUGGAACGCCGCCAGCAGUUCAGGGUGGAUCACCACAGUCCCUGGCCAUGGGCUCCAACGAAUUUGCACCCACUCGCAACUCCAGCUCGAUAUUGAAGGACAUCCUCAGCGACUCCUGAUUGUUGUAGAAAAGUAGUCACCUCUUUUUUUUUUUUUAAACAUAUUUUUAUGAAACUUGUAAACGUGCAAUCGUCGGCGUCUGUUUUUGUCCCGCAUAUUUCUCGCUAUAUAUAUAUUGAUAGAUAUAUCUACCUGAUAAACCCCCCCAAAAACUGUACAAUGUCUGUGUGUGUGUGUGUGUGUCUAUGUAAAUGUGCACAACGCCAGCCAACUUGUAAAUAUGUAAUAUGCAAUUUGAACAUGUCAACAGGAGUAGCAAAAGAAAGGUGAAGACAACCCCCUCUUGCUCUUGCCUGCCUGUGACACGCCUUCACAGCGGCCUUGCUAAUGACUAGCCGCCAAAAAAUAAAUAAUAAUUAACAAAUACAAAGAUAA